CAGCACUAUAGCAGCAGUUAUUAUGCCAGCCGUGCAGAGGCCAUUACCGGUUGCCAACGAACCUGACAACACCAUGGAAUGUUAAAUUUCGUUUCCAAGUGUACAAAACAACUCCAAAAUUUGAUAUUUAUAGUAGUUUUUGUAUACUAUUGGAGGAAAAUCUGAAAAUCGGCGUAAUGUCGUUAUUUCCCGCGUACAAAACUCGUCUACGCUCAUUGAAUGAUGAUAACUGCGAAAUUCUUGGAGCUGUUGGUGGUUCGGAGAAUUGGCUGAAGAAUUCAAGUUUUCCUGGAACAUCAAAAGUCGAACUAUCAUCUGAGUCUUCGGAUGAUGAGCCAGAGGAAUUGUGGGAGAUAUACGCACAGAAUAAGUAUAGAACCAGUCCACUGGGGAAAAGCAAAGCAAAAGUGUCAUACGAGCCAGAAGUGAAAAAUGUUUAUUAUGAGCAGAGACGUAGAGACCCGGGAAACAGUUUGGUCGGUACUUUACCUGCUAAAAUAAGACCAGAAUAUUUCUACAUGCGAACUUCUUUGGGCUUCUUGCCUCAUGAUUUCCAGCCUCAGAAGAAAGAGACAGUAAUUCGUUAUUACUCAACAAAUAUAGGGCCCCCUUUGCAAGAUGCAAGCAAUAUGGAAAUUCUCAUAAAAUUAGGCUCAAUGAGAAUGAGUACAAAUAACGUAGAUUUUGUAUCUGCGAUAGAAAGUCACGCUCCCACACAAGAGGACGAGCACAAAGUACUGACCAGAGAAUUCAACGAAAAACUAGCGGCUUCCCCGCACGACGUCGAACUCUGGCUCCAAUAUGUCAAAUUCCAAGAUGUUGCACAGCGCUUUGGGAACUCUCCCAGUCAGCAGAAUAAAACAGCAAUCUGUCAAAAAAAAUUAUCCGUCAUUGAAAAAGCCCUUGAGAUAAAUCCUUCUUCGAAAGAACUGUUGAAGGAGAAACUCGCUCUAAUGGGCGAGAUAUAUCCGGCGGAUCAACUCUCUGAUAAGAUUGAAAGCCUCCUCAACAAGAAUACUGACAAUGUAUCUCUUUGGCAAGCUUUCAUAAUGGUUACUCAAAGCUCCGUUGCUGCUUGUACCGUACCAAAAAUUAUGAAUAUUUAUACCAAGUGUUUUAGCACUCUUACGCACGGAUGCUUGUUCGGUUGGGAAGAACGUGAUGGAAGACUUUUGGAGAUGCUGUUCCACUGUCUCGUUUUCCUGAGACAGGCUGGGCUGUGGGAACAAAUGUGGCUCACAUUAAGAAUGAACCUCAACUUGAAUCUCAGUCUUUCCAUGGAUGCCCUGCCGUCUCAAAAAUCUAUCGACGAAAAGAAAUUAAUUGAACUGGAGGAAGUCAUCUUGACGUCGAGAUUGCCGUUGAAUCAGUUGUGGCUCAGAGUUGAAUCACUCAGAGAAAAUUGUCACUGGAUCGGUGUUAAACGUGAAGAAUUGGAAGUAGUCGGAGAUUCCCAUCGUUUUGUAUCGCCCGAAGACGUUACGGAUUACGUUCAUUCCAUGAUGAGCCGAAAGUCUAACAUGCGACUAGCAAUUUAUGCUCUCAUCGUCCUGAAAGUUCCUCUUUUGCCUACGAGUGACUCAAUACUGAAGGAUUUGGGGCUCGAAAAAUGCAGUUGGACGAUCGAUUCGGUAGAACCAUUGCUCCCAAUGUUUUAUCCAAUGGUGGGAGAAUUGGCGGGCUACCGACAACGAAAAUUAUUGCUUAAAGGAAUUUUAGCCGGCGGUUUAACCUCCGGCCCUCAAUAUCUCAGUUUUCAUCCGGCACAAGAGCCCUAUCUCGAUUUCGUCCGGGACACAUUUCGUGCGAUAGCCGAGAGUCUUUCGUCUCCUACAGAGAGAACGAGUUUGUACAUUUGGUGGUUACGUUUCGAACGAAUGCUCGUUUAUCUUUGCGAAGAUGAGAUUAAGAGUGAGAAUCGGCGGAAAAAAUUGAAAGGAAUUCUCAAAGAGUUCCUGAAAAAAGAAGAAAAUCGAAAUAAUCUUUAUUUUUAUCGAGAAUACGCGUUGAUAGAACGUGAAAUGGGCCGCGUUGACAACUGUGUAACGAUCCUAGAGAAAGCUAUCGAUACUGCCGCUUCAACAACAAACGAAGAUAAUCGAGUCGCUCUUCUCAACCUGCAAAGGACAUUGGUCGAAGUUCUACUCGACGUGAGAAUUUACAAUCUCACGAAGAAAACUCGAGUGAACAACGUUUUGUGCCGAAUUCUUCCCAGCGACUGGCCGCAGAAAGAUAUCCAACUCGUCGAGGUUUAUCUGCACGGGUGUUUAACGAAAUUUUUGGCCGAACCGCUCUCCGAAGAAAUACGAACACUGGAUCAACAUUUCCUGCCUUUUUCGAUCUGCGAUCAGAUGGCCUGUUACGUAUAUCUUCUUUACGUGAAUAAUCGCAAUGAUUCUGAAAUUUUUACCAUUUUCGAUGCCUGCUUGGAACACUCGAAGGAUUUCAAGUACAUGCACGAACGUUUUUACGAAAACCAGAUCGUUAUUCUUCAAUUAAUGUACGAGAGAUCUCCUAGUGGUUACAGCAGACUCCUGGAAAAGUUAAACAGCGCUCUCAACUAUUAUCCUGACAAUUUUUACUUCCUCUCAGUCUUUGCUGCAAUCGAGAGUGAAUUACCUAAUUGGAAGUUGAGUACGAGAAAGGAAAUCAAUAGACCUUGGCAAGCUCUUUCAUUUUGUUUAGCUCGACGUGCCAGAAUUAACUCGUCCCACGAGAAGGGGAUGAUGGACGCAGUUAUCGCGGCGAACAACAAAUUGCGUUAUUUCCAUCGAACCCUUGCCAGAACUGCAGAAAUCCGACAUUGCCCGUUAGUCUGGCGAUUACUGAUGUUGUUACUUCGCGAACAAAAUCUUUCUCAAGAGAGAGGCGAAGAAGUUUAUCACGAGAGCGUCGCCCAGUGCCCAUGGUCGAGGAGCAUAUACAUUGACGUCGCUGAAGUUGCUCCGCAAUUCCUCACCCAAAUCCAGGACGUCAUUCGCGAAAAGGACCUGCGAAUGCACGUCACACCAGAGGAGCUUCAUAUCCUUAGAGGCGAAUAAUGUUUAUUUGUCGCCCAACAUUUAUUUGAAUAGUAGCGAUCGCUGCAUCCUGCUGUAUUUGUGUUGCUUGCAUGACAUUCAUUUUUCUUAUUCUUAGUUUGGAAAACCUAAGACCACUCGAUCGUUAAUCUUUCUUCCAUUCGUUAUUCUAUUUGUAUAGUCUAGGGAUGAGACUGCCAUACAGACAUUUGCAUAUAGAUUAUUGCCUAUUAUACAUGUGUUAUGACGUUGAACUACGAAUUGCAAAUUAGGAAAGGAACGAAAUCGGAGAAUUACAAAUUUUUUUUUUUUUUUUUCGUUUAUUUCGUUUAGACUUCAACGUUGCAAACUUCGGCGUCAUCAUAUGUUAAUAUAUACGCUGUUCUACGGCUUAUCGUCCAAAAGACAAACAAACAGUUCAAAACAAAUAUUGACGUCUAGAACUCUCGUAUUAUUCUUUAUCAGAUCUCGUCUCGAUGUAAAGUCAAUUAUAAAAGGCACGUACCUAUCAAAGCGUGUGCUGCUGCGAUGAUUCGAGAUGAGAGACAAUACACCAUAGGGCAAAUAUUUUAGAGUAUAAAAUCGCCUACAAAAGAGCUCCCUGCAAGAUUUUUCCAUUUCCAAUAGUUUAGUUCUGAAAACGGAUCGAAGAUACAAAAAAUAACUUUUUCCUUCCGCUUUCAGGGCUAAUCUUCUCGAAAUAGAGAAGUGCUGUCAGGGGAUUUUUUGUAGGAAAUUUUUUGCUUUACGAGAUUAAACCUAGAGUUUUUUCUAUCUCGAACCGUUUCAGCAGUACCCGCUCGAAAGACCGUAUUUUUCAAUUUCAACGAAUGAAUAAUUUAUCAGAAGUGAGUUCGAUACAAAAGAGUGUACAGGAAUAUUCGAUUCAAAUUGUAUCCUAAACUUAAGUAAGAGCAUGGAUCAGUCGACUAACCUCACCUCGAAUUUUCGAAAUGAAAAUUCUCCGCUCUCGUUUGACUAAUCAAAACAAGGCUCUGUCAGCGGACGCGAAAAGAUGGCAAAAAUACGUUGACAGGGGCUUUUUUUUAUUGAUCGAACCGUGCCGAACAUAUUAAAUUUCGAAAAUUGCAGCUAUCUCUCUCGCCACCGUGAGUGCAAAUUUGCUGCAUAUUCGAAAUUUCUGCAAUUUCGAAAUCGAAAUUCUUUGACAUAGUUUAACUGAUUAAAAAAAGGCUCUGUCAGUCGAUUUUUGCCAUCGUUCUGCGUAGGCUGACAGAGCCUUUUUUUAAUCGGUCAAACUGUGUCAGAGAACUUCGAUUUCGAAAAUUCCAAGUGAGGUUAGUUGACUGAUCCAUACUCUUAAGAUGAGUAACCGUUGAUUCUGAAGCAUCCUGUAUAUUCAUACGCGAACAAUCGAACGCGCGCGCAUGACAAGAGAAGCCCGGUAAAGAGCUGCUCUUGAGCUCCUUCUGGCUCCUCCGCAGUCACGUUGACGUGCUGCUAAUCUUUGGCGCUUUGGAGCUCGCACGUAUGAACUAUCGCUGUUAUGUAUAAGUGUAUGAUAUGCAACAAAACAAAAAAAUCUAUUCUUUCAUCCUUGUUAAACUUAUAAGUGUCUCAAGAUCCAUAUUUACCAAUUGAAAAAUUAAACACUGAGACAAUUAAUUGUACAUUAUAGCGAGAAUCGCUACAUGAAAAUAUUAUACAGGAAUAUUGUGAUAUAUACAUAUAUUCGGAUCUAACCUAAAACACAAAAUACAUGUGAAUUUGUCUUUUUGUCAAUAAAAAACUAUAUUUUACAAAAAUUAUAUGAAAUCCUGUACUGUGGACUAAAAAAGGUUCACGUUAUAAUUAUGAAUAAAGUUAUUUGAGAUCAA